AUGCCAUUGAGAAGCUAUGUCCCCCUUCUUGCCUGCACGGUAUACUUCCUUCUCUCCCGGACAUGCUCAGAGAGGACUCAACCAAUUCUCAUAACUUGGUCACGGAACUCGAUUACCAGUAAGGAGGUUGCCAUCGCUCUUAAAGAAGUUAAGAAACACUCGGCUCUGGGUCUGGAUCAGAUUGAUAAUAAGAUCAUUUCAUCUCUCCCCGUGGAGGUCACAGACGCCCUUGUAGACAUUUUUAACGGCUUCCUGGACUCGGGAGUCACUCCUGAUUCCUGGAAAAGGUCCCUCGUGGUUCUCAUACCUAAGCCAAACAGCAACGGAGUUAGGCCAAUCUCUCUUGUAUCCUGCUUACUUAAAUUGAUGGAGAAGGUCGUUUAUUUUAGGUUAAGGUGGUGGGUUGAAUCCCACUUGAUCAUUCCUGAAAUUCAAAUGGGCUUUAGGCCCCUUCGCUCGUGCAUUGACAAUCUUACGACCCUAACUAAUCAUAUUCAUACGGCCAAUCUGGCUGGCCAAUUCACGGUCUGCGUAUUUGUCGACAUUGUCGGCGCUUUCGACAACGUCAUUCCCUCUAUCCUCGUUGACGCACUGAGGAACCUUGGUAUCCCGGCCAAAUUGCGCAAGUUUAUUCAGAAUUUGACCUCGGAGAGAGAGGUCUUUUUUGUUAAAAAUGGCAGACUGAGCGAACCAUAUGUAAUUCACAAGGGUAUCCCACAAGGAUCAAUUCUAAGUCCGAUUCUAUUUAACAUUUAUCUCGUCGAUAUAACUGACUGUAUUCGAGACAAGUCUCUUAUGCUGCAGUACGCAGAUGACAUAGCGAUCUUCGCUCACGACACUAACCUCACGAAGGCCGUCGAAUCUGUGCAAAAUACUUUAGAUUCCAUACAAGUUUAUCUACGUGCAAAGGGCCUCGAGAUCUCUCCAGACAAAUCUCGAUGCGUAAUUUUUUCACGUAAGAAUAAGAUUCCAGACUUUCAGCAGAUUAGAGUGGGGGAUCAAAUCAUUCCUCUUUCGGAUUCCUUUAAGUUUCUGGGAGUCUGGCUGGAUGCGAAGAUGACGGGCAGGAAACAUCUCAUCUAUCUAAUUCAGAAAGGCAGAUCGAUUGUUAACAUCCUAUCCUCUUUGUCGGGAGUUUGGUGGGGUUCAAACCCCCAUUCGCUCCUAACAAUUUAUCGCGCCGUGUUCAGAGGCUCCAUCGAAUACGGCUGA